CCCGCUUUGACUUUGACUUCAACCUUCGAUCUUGUUCAACUUCCGUCAACACACAUCUUCCAAUCGCAAUCUCAAUUGCAGGAGUCCCGAGUUUGGGAGACGGACGCCGUACUAACAAUGAAUCCAUAGGAAAUUUGCUUCAUAUCAACAUCAUCGGUAAGUAUUUUGUUAACGCCCCAAACAGCACCCAUGAACUCUCCAGGAGUCCGGCCAUCCCCCAGGUCUGGAAUGGCUUCAGUCAUAUCUACAAAGGCCAUGACGCCUCGACCAUCGCCUUCGUCGCCCGCCAUACCCCCCACUCCUACCCCGUCACUUCCGGCUACACCCCCCAUGGCGCGAUGGCAACAUCCGCGCAUGAACGAAAUCAAUCGAAGGAAAAGCGCGAGCACCUUUGGAGGGCGCAACAUACGGACGAUCGUCUGGUCCAUCGCAUUACUCGUUUUCAGUGUUUACGCAGCUCCUGCCGUCUAUCAGACGGGGGAAAUGCUGCCGGUCGUCUUCAAAGCAUGCCUGCAAUUCCUUUUCGACGAGCCAUUAGAAACCGAAGACAUGCUCACGAUACCCACGGAACCUACCCUGGAAAACCCAACGACCUUCCCAGUCUCCUUUCUCCCAUGGAUCCUCCUAGCCUUCCGUGUCUCUCUCGUUGGUGUCAUAGCCCAUUCGAUGCAUCCCCUCUUCUUCACCCCCGAUGACUUCUCGGAUAUCCCUCUUACUCCAACUCAACGGUCCCUCCUCAACCUUCCGCCACUUCCUGCUUCUAAGACAUCGACACCUGCCUCGACGCCUGGAAGCGGCAUCCAUACACCGCCGCGCCUCCCUCACUCUCCAUCGACUUCCGCGCGUUCCCGUAGCCCCAACCCUUCCUUCGAGCCGUCUACGACACGCGCCGUUGCUGGCUCUAGUCCGGUGGCGUUCUCGAUACCCCCUCGAUUUAGCCCGGCCUCCGGUCGGCGCUCUGCCUCUGGCUCACCAAUGGGAAUGAGCAUCCGCGACCGAAGCCCCUUAGCAGACUCGAUAGGCUUAGGACGUUCUCACUCGGUUGGCCCAAGUCAUUCGCCUUCCUUGAGUGGAAGUAGAAAGAGAUGGAGCAUGGGUGGUGCGGGAAGCCCAGGCGUGUUGGGCGAGAGUAGCAUAUCAAAUAUGAGCGUGGGCCCUGGAUCCCCGACGCCAUUACCAAGAGGCAGUGCACCCAACGUUGGGGGAGUGGGGUUGAACAAUAAGUGGCUAUACGAACGGUUUCGGAGCAGCGGGCUCGGGGAGCGGAGGCUCUAUUCGAAUCCGAGCCGUCAGAAGCCAUCAGGUGUCAGUUCUAACAUCCGCUGACGGUAUCCAAAGAUCGGCCUACAUGGAGUCUUCCAUGCGCAUCGUCGAUGUCUCUCCGGACUGAGUGCCUUUCGCCUAUACAGCAUCAAGACAUUUUGAUCGGGGAAAUUGGCAUCUUUACCCGGCAAAGACGAGAUAGAAUUGGAUACACAAAAUACGUCAACCUCCCA